AUGAAACAAGAUUCCGAAGCCAGCGUUUUAUUUUCCGAGGUGAAGAAGUUCCGCCGGCUCGCUAAGCACACGGCGAUCAUCGCGGUGGGCAGUCGCAAGGCCCUACAGGUCAUUGACAAGAAGCAUGGCCCGGUUGUUUUCAGACCGCCCUGGCAUGAAAGACUGGCGUUUUGGAAACGCACAGACAACUUUGCCCCUGUGCAGUUCACUACCGUCGGCAACCUUCCAGAUACAAUUGAAUCAUUUGAACAUUCCUGCAAGAAAGGGGGUUUCAGGAACAUGUUGAUUCUAGUCGCGGAGUCAAUCAGCAGAAUAACAGUGAAUGUCGGGCCAGAGAUUGAGAAACUCUGCAUCGCGCGGACUCCCCACUCUCGGCUACCGCUCUUCGUCAGCAGCUCUUCCACGCUCGCUGACGUGGCACUUCAAGAAUAUCACGGCCAAGUGCCCGGAGGCAGAGAAGUCAUCUGCGGCAAGGGUGUCAGGCUGGAAGUCGACCCUGCCGGGAGCCUGGCCUGGCGUUUCGACCCAAGCUCAGUAAGAGGGGUGAGAGGAAGGGACAUUCAAGACUCCUUGUGUGAGAUGGAGAACUCGGGCAACAACCCGAUAGGUUGGAAGAACUGGAAGCUGCCAGUCUCCUGCCUGAUCAGCCUCCUGGGCGACGGCUUCGGCGGCUCAGCCAAGGUCACCGUGACGCCAAAGGGGUUCUGCCUGACCUACAAGACGCUCUCAAUUUCCCCCAACUGGGUUUCGGGCUUUGGCACCGCUCUUGCUGCCUCUGGUGUCAACCUGCCCCUUGCUGGCGCCAUCCUCCUGGCGGUGUACUUCAUCCCCUGGGACAGCUUUUUCCAGUGGCUGGGGAAUACGCUGUGGACGCUGUGGAGUUGGCUGGUGGAUUUCUGCUCGAAGCUUGUGAUUCUCGCGGCUAAUUUUCUGGAUAUUCAGCGAGGGAGUAAGCCAACUCAUAGGUCGCGAAGGCUUGCGGCGAGUUGA